AUGUCUUCUAUUUUAAGUACAAGUAGUAGUGAAGACUCUUUGCCUCCGGCUAGAGUUCACUCUAGAGUUUUAAAUUGUAAAUGGGAGGAAUGUUCGUCAAGCUUUACACUUUUGAAUGACUUGGUAAAUCACUUGCACGAAGACCACGUUGGUCGUAAAAAAGCAAAUUACACUUGUGAGUGGGUUACUUGUCCAAGGAAAAGUGCCACCCAAACUUCACGAUUCGCUCUAAUCACCCAUUUACGUAGUCACACCGGCGAAAAACCUUACGAUUGUAAAGAGCCAGGUUGUGAGAAAAGUUUUACGCGACCCGACUCAUUAACAAAGCAUAUGAAAAGUCAACACGGAGAUUCAAGCAAAAAACAUAUAAUGGAAGACGUCACAAGGACACAUAAAAAACGAAAAUUGUCGCUUUCACCCGAAGAAGAUGAGGAGGAUUCGCAUGCUUCAAAUAGUCGUCAAUCACAUUACAAUAAUCAAAAUAGUAACAUAUUAAGACAUAAGCAGCAAUCUUCACAUCAACCCUUCGAUAGAUCAAGACAACAGUCAUCACGACAAUCUUCGGAAAAUCCCCAAAAUCGAGAUUAUACGUCUGAUGGAGAUUCUUCAGUCUCGGAAGUUUCGAAUUCUUCCUCUUCAAGUGUUGAAAACGAAAAUCAAAAGUCUUUUUAUGAAAAAUACCUUUUAUUAAAAGCCAAACAUAGAUAUAUUCGAAAGGAAAAUGAGUUGUUAUCGGAUGAAUAUGAAGCCAUCAAAAAGAAACUGAAGAGGCUAAGAACUGAGAAGGACAUUCUUUUAGAUGCCGUGAUGUCAACAGAUGGUGAAUGCUAA